UAGAGAUUCUGAGAGAUUCUACGAGAUUUCCUCGAGAUUCUGAAUCAAGUUUUCCCCAAAAUUCCGCUAGGGGCGCCACUAGUCCUUGGCCCAGUUUCUGUACAGAAGUAUGCACUAUGUUACGUAGUGGGCGUAGCUCCGUUUUGGCAUGCUCUAUACAGCUUAUAGACAUGUAGAUCGUAUUAUCUUUAAGAUAAUUUACUGAUAGGAAAAGGUGCUACAAUAGGUUUUGUAGUUUCAAGUAGAAUGAAGUAAUCUGAUAGUUAGAAAUUUGAUAGGUUUGAAUUAAAAGUCCAGAUUAUUAAUUUUAAAAUAAAAUAUACGGGGAAAAUUAACUUUAAUUGCUGGGAAUUAUUGGCAUAUUAUCAAUAAAGUUUUUUUAACCACAAAUUUUUCCAACCCCAUCUUACAUUCAUGAGCAGAUGAAAAAAUGUGUACGCCACCAUUCGGUGGGAAAAAGGAGGGAAAAUUUAAAAAGAUUUAGCGCAACCCAUAUUUUUACAUUUUGCAGUAUUUCUAGUGCAUUUUUUACAAUUGGAGCUUUUCAAAGACCAAAUUCACAAAAUAUCUUGAAUUUUAGACGGUUUUGGGGUAGUUUAAAGUUAAAAAAGGGGGUAAAUUUAGUGAGAUUCUGGAGAUUCUUCGAGAUUCUAUGGGAUUCUACGGGAUUCUGUGAGAUUCUAAAGAUUCUACGAGAUUCUGAAGAUUCUAUGAGAUUCCGGGGAUUCUGGAGGGAUUCUUGAGAUUCUGACAAGAUUCUGGCUAGGGUGUACGAGGAUUCUGGGGAGUUGCCAACCCCCGCAAUGCCCUCACGAAAAGACGUUCUUCUUCAGUUAGCUACUGGAUUAGAAUAUAUACACAAAGAGAAAGUAAUCCAUUUGGAUAUUACUCCGAAAAACAUCGUCAUCUGGGUGAAUCCGGAACACGAAAAUGUUUUGUUGAAAUGGACCGAUUUUGGGCUGAGUAAACAACUAAAAGAAACUGGAAGCUACACGUUGACUAAAAUUAGAGGGACAGAAGGAUGGCUUUCACCGGAAAUACUGAAAAUACUCGACAACCAGCAACAGACUAGUCGAACUGAAGCAAAACAAAGAGGCACAGUUAAAAGCGACGUCUUUAACGAAGGGCUCGUCUUUGGCUACUAUCUUUUAAAUGGACUUCAUCUGUUCGCUGGCCUUGUUGAGUCAAACAUAUAUUAUAACAAACCGGUCAACCUAGACAAAAUACAAUGGCAAAGCGCUCGCGACCUGAUCAAGAAAAUGAUCCAUCCCGACCCAGGGAUAAGAAUUUCUUCAUCCGAUGUCGCAAAAGAAGUCAGUCAGAUAAAAUCCGACUUGGGUUAACUUGCCCAACAUAAAUGCGAAGAUUUAAAUGCUUCAUCUAUUAUCUAGAUUAUCAUCAACUACGGCCUAGUGGAACACCUUUUUAGCAAAUUAAAAAUUUUUAUUGCACAUCCUAGUGCAAUAUCAAGAAACCAGUGACUUUAAUUAAAAACUUGAGUUGGCAUUGGGUCGUUGUCACGAAA